UUAAGGCAGUGAUGCCUCUGUAAACGAAACCUUUUCGUCGAUAUAUUUCACGACGAAAGAUGAAGACGAUGACAACUUCGUGUGACAGAACGCGACUUAAGGACAGAAUUUUAGCAAAUGUCGCCAAGGCAAUUAAAUGUAUACAAGAAUUUCACAUUUUGAAAGGAGAGGAAAAUCUUGUGUUGACGAACUCAGACUGGCAAUGUCAUAAGCUAUGCGAGCACUUAGACCAUGCAUUUUUACAUGGCCUUCGCCAUGUGACUCAUGGCUACUGGAAGGUUGUGACAGAUUUCACCCGCAAGGGAGCUGUACAAGAGAUCGUUCGGCUUAGUCAUGUGACCACAGACUUAGGAAGAGGACGAGCUUGGCUGUAUAUUGCUCUGAACGAGAACCUUCUGGAGAGUUACAUGAGGUGUUUCAUGGAAAACAGUCGAUAUGUCAAGAAAUAUUAUGUGAAAGAAGCUCUUGUACUGGAUCAACAGAGGCUGAAUGUUUUAGUUACUCUUACAUCAGGCUUGGACUUUGGAACCUUCAAGUUAGAAUAUGACAUGCCAUAUCUUGACCUAAGCAGUUAUCAAGCUCGACCUAAAACUGACCAGUCAUCUGCCGCGCAUAUUGAUGAUAAAGUGUCAUUGUGCAGCAUGGAAAGUAGUUCUUCACUGCUGAGUUCUUCCAUGAGCUCCAGUCUGAUGUCCUCGUCUGAUUACCUGUUCCCGAGGGGAUACGGCGAUGAGGAUUUCGGCAGGAGGAGGACUUACUCUGCAUCAACAGACUCCGGGUUUCAGAUCGAGGCUGGGAGUACACUGCUUUCAUCACGUCAUCUGAGUGUACCAUGUGACUCUUCCAUGCGGAGUUCGAGUCCACACUCAGACACGUUCACACGAAUAAGUCGAAUAGAGAGCAUAGUCAAUGUGUCCGAUCAAGAGGACAGUGAAAACUUAGAGGUCAUAAGGAUCAGAUCAAAGGGAGAUCACUCAAAGAAGAAGAAAAAGAAGUUGAAAAAGUUGACAAAAAAAGAUAAGAACAGCAUCAGUGAAAGAGACGAAGGUGAAGUGACAGAUUCCAACUCACUGUCAAGGGAUGAUUCUACAGAGGACACAUCCCGAGCGACGCCCAGUGACGACGGAAACUCAGAGAAUUUCUACAACCAUGGCACAAACACUAGUCUCCACUCUCCCACACCCCUUGGGAAAGUCACUAAAGACGACAGCGGGUAUGGCUUAUGUGAGGAUGCGAUGUCAGUGGGAGAUGACACAGACUCUGGUAUAUAUCACCACAACAAAGUGACUGUUGUCGGAGGAAAACCGAACUUGUCAUCUGAGCAGUUUAAGACAAUGACAGAGUCACAUGGAGACAUCCCAAAGCCUAACCUUCCAGCAAAGUUCAGCAAUCAUGAUGAUCAUCCUUCAGCUGUGAGUCCUACAAGGAAAACAGACUCUCAGACUGCAAAUGACAAAGUAAACAAUCCUUUGCUGAGCGGAUCACAUAGUAUCUCCUUAACUAGUCCAGAGCUACAGGUAAAGUCAGUGGAAUCACCAAGCCAAGCUGGGAAUAGCUCGCACAAUGUCAAACUAGGUUUGAUUGAUACAACUGCUCUAGGUAACCAUGUAGGAUGUUCUGUGAAUUCAGAGACAGUCAAAGAAACCCCUGUAUCGUCCAAUGACAUUUAUGGGGGCAGUGUUUCGAAAGGUCAAGGGUCAACACUGAAGCCUAGGUCAAACACAGCUGAUGAACUUUCUUCAAAGGUCCUAGAGACAUUGGCCAAAGCAGAAUCAGAAAAGGAAUUAGAAAACAGUCAUCAAAGUUCUGUGAUAGAGAGUGGUGAAGAACAGAAAGACAAACCGUCAGAGGAAGACUUAGAGUUUGACUAUUCUGUCAAAGUGGACAACAACACAAUGUUACACCUCAUGCUGGACGUGUUUGAAAAGGAAGAAGAGCAGUUCAUCAAGUUGUUCAGCACACGUUCGGGUCACACAGAAGGGGAGACAACUCUGAUAGCUCUCUUGGUCACUGAUAAAGCCGUGUACCUGUUAAGCAGAACUCACGGUGGCACCUUGAAGAAAGUUGCAUCCAUUCCUUACCAAGAACUAGACUACAUUUCACUCAGUAUAGGAGACCAGGUGGUACAGAUUGUAUGUACCAACCGUCGUAAGCAGUUCUGGGUAACAACUGGAGAUUCAGCUCUUACCAAGUGUGUACUGCAGUCUGUUUGCGAAGCAAUGGAGCUUUCUCCCCUGAAGCUGCCAAAGUUAUCAGUUCUGACGGACGCUACCACACAGAGAAUUGCCAUGACCAAGUAUGCUGCUGCCGAAACAAACAGUGAGCGAGAGAAUGUGAAGAUUCUGUCGUAUGUUCUGGUACACUGGGAAGAUCCCAGCUCUAGUCGCAAACAGCAGAGUGCGCACAAAGAGGGGCAUUUACUCUACAAAUCAAAGGGCCUCAACUUUACCUGGAAAACAGCUUACGUGGCUCUCAGAGAUGGAGUUUUCUGUCUAUUCAACUCAAAGUCUGACAGCAAGCCCCAGCAGUUCAUCAAACUGAACAGCGAGAACUGUAGCGGGUGCAGGAGACUGACGUCUACAGACAGGAGCCACUGUUUGGAGAUCAUGGGCACCAAGGGGAAUGGUAUACAGCUGGCCGCAGCGAAUGAUCAGGAAGCUAGCAGCUGGCUACAGGUGCUGUGUCAGGCUGUGUCAGAGGGUCAACAGUGCAUUAUGGGAGAAGGCCGCAGCUUGAAUUGCCUGGCUUGCUGCUUGAUAUUGACCCCCCAGAAGAUCCUGAUGUGUCAUGAAGAUGUACAGACAAGCUUUUUCCGCACUUUAGGCAGCGCUAAUGUGGUCGAUGUCACAGCCAUCACUGAAGAUCCCUUUGUGAAAACUUACUGUGUACUGGAAUUUGAGUCCCAAGAUGUAGGCAUAAGCAGUAACCAAUGGGUGCUGUACUUCAAUGCAGCAAACGAAAAGAAGGCUUUUAUUCAGGCAUUUUCUGGAGAGUGGGCAAAGGAAUUUCAGGUUGAAGUCCCGAUUCACCAAAUACAAGAUGUGCCACUGCAGACAAAGUGUCGAGAAAUGGCCAACCACUUACGAGACUCUCUUAAGCUCAAGUGAUAUGUCCUGUGCUGCAGAUUUUUAACAUGGGUAUUCUUUAUGCUCUAAGAUAUUAUUUGUAAAUUUACCUCCCUUACAAAAUAUUGGUAUUUGACUGAAACUGAACAGAGUUUUUGCUAAAUCUGUGGUACAUGUUGACUAACAGACAUGCUGUAAUCAUUUGCUCAGUGAUGAAGUUUUGUAGUGUAUGGCAGUUUGAUGAUGUCCUGUAGUGCUCAUUAAAACUUAGUGCUCAAUAAACAGUUGGACUGAGCAUUGUUUGUCAUUUUAGGAAAAAAAGAGGGAUGUUUUAUCAGCUUUGUAACUAGUGUUCAAAAAGAACGUACUAGAACUUCCUACAAAUAGAUGUACCGUAAUUCUUCUACAAUUUUGGAUUAGUAGUGUUGGAAGUAGAAUAUUACAGUUCUUUACCAGCCUUUUGGAAAAGUAAAGGUAUGAGUAUAUUGUUCAUUAGAUAACCUAACCAUGUGAGAAAAAAAAUCCAGUAUUCCUGCUAUAAUUAUAUUAUAUAUCAUAUAUAUUGGCUAAAAUGAGCAGACCAGGUGUCCCAAAUUUUAGAAGAAAUAUGGUAUACAGCCUUCACUUUAUCAGCAGUCACAUCAGUUUUUGCCAGUAAGAUUGUAUCUCAAAAUUGCAUGUUUGUAACAAGUGCAAAAUGUGUCUUUCACUGUGUUCAUGUCUUUUUUGUUUUCAAAUUUCAUUGUGGCAAAAAAAUAAGGCUUAAUUUAGUGUUCUACUUCUGUUAGUAUUGCUUAUGCUCAGCCCUUCUCAAGCGUAAAAUAAUAAAAGAAAAAUAACUUUUAUUAAACCUGAUGGUGGCCUUAUUCUCUAGUUGUAAUUGAUGGGUGCUUCUUGACGAGUGAUCAGCAGUAUGAGGCAGAGCAGACUGAUCAGGAAAGACCCGAAGUGACCAGAACCAUAAGUUUUCCAUCAAAACUCAAUUCUCUUUUCUGUGAGAAUACUACAUGUAGUUGUCUUGGCAGGUGGUGGAUAUAUAAAUAAGUUAUAUAUGUCCAUGAGGUUAAUUUACAUACAUGCGUAAUUUAAUUCUUUUUUUUAUUUUUUAAAAUAACCAGGUAAUUAUUAAUUAAGUUGUUGAGUUUUUGCGACUUGUUAUAUUUUGAGAUAUUUUUGUUGGACUUUGUGUUCCCUCAUUUUGGACGGUUUUUGAAGCAUUGACAAUAGCAAAUGUGCUUUGUAAAGUUUAAUUUAUGAAUAGCAAAAAAACAUGAUUAAAACACUCAGUGGUAUUUUCCUUGACAUUAUGUUAUAGCAUCACCCUCUAUAUCCUUCCGUUAGUACUGACAAUUCAGUCACGCCCUGUGUAUUCAUGGUUUUUCCUUAAACCAAAUUUAGUCAUACCCUCUGUGUGUAUGGUUUUUCCUUAAACCAAAUUUAGUCACACCCUCUGUGUGCAUGGUUUUUUCCUUUAAUCAAAUUUAGGCACACCCUCUGUGUACAUGGUUUUUCGUAAAUCCAACUUUUGGCACACCCUAUAUUCUUGUGUUAUUAGCACCCUCUACCAACUUCCCUAAAUGGCAUUCUUUACAUGCUUUCCUUAAAGACAGAAAUAUGUUGCUUCAGUUAACUACUGGCACAUUGGAGGAGGGGUAGAUCGGAGAUCUGUUUAAUUCUUUACAGGUUAACUUUCAGAAGUAUUGACCUGUAAUGUUCCAUUCUCUUACCUGGAACUCUGUAUUUUUAGUGUACUGUCCACAACAUAUCGAAGUAGUAUGCUACAGUAACACGUUUCCGACUUCAUAUCACCUAGUUAUUCAUUAGCAUAUGUAAUAAUGAGCAUAAUGUCACAAUUAACACAAAUAUACCUGGUAGAAGGAGCACCAUUUUUGAUGACGGUCGGCUGCAAGUGGCAUCAUCUGGAAAAAGAUAAACUCAACAGAAUGUUUUGGAUUGAAGCCAUGAAGAUGUAUAUCAUUAACAGGGCGAUUGUCAACUUGUUAGGGAGUCUUAAACUUGUAAUUUUUGUUUCACUAAUGAACGCAUCAAAUAGUAAGCAACAAUUUUGAAAAAAAAAAAGUGAACAGCUGGGUUCUAAUUCUGUCCAUUGGAUGCACCGGUUCUACAUCUGAUAGCGUAAUUACGAUGUUACAAUCAUUAUUAUUUCCACAUAAUGAGGUGACAUGAGUUCAGAAUUUCUUCAACAUCAUGGGAAAGAUAUUUUUAUUGCAAACAGCUUGGAUACUUUAAGGACUGCAUGGGCGACAGGACCAAAUGCCAGGUUUGCCAACAGUUGCUUCGAAUCCGAGCAGUUCAUGUGGAAGCUUUGCUGGGAACGUGGUCAACUGAUCUCAGUGCUAGAGAAGCAGGUUCAAUCCCAACUGUGAAUGGGGAAUUUCUAGAAACCUUCACUGCCGUUGCUCAUGGGGGGCCUAGGUGACUACAGUGGUGCCGUCGAGGUCACUCAUUGAGCCAUUUUUGGAUACCUUAAGACGUGUGACCACAUCCUAGUUCAUAUGAUCACAUUGGUCAAAGGUAGUCCAGUGAAAAACGGAAUUAAGAGUGAGGGUUUUCGCGGUAAUUUGCUUAAUGAGAGUAUGGGCAUGUGCUAUCUUCCAGAGGAUUUAAUUCAUUUCCAAGUUUACUCUUGCUUAAAGUUAUGUGAAUUGAGUGCAUAUCUAAUGCAUAUUUUUUGUGUUGCAAUAGGUAAUGUGAAACGUGAAGGACACUGCUUCGCUUUAUCAAGAUUUAAACGAGAUUUACUCUUGGCAUGUCCCUACAUGUGCUCUGGUGGUAUUACUGCAUUAAUAUUCCACAAUUCAUGUAUGCCUAUUACUGGUACAGAGUAAUUCCCCUUUAUGACAUGCAGUGUAUUUUAUAUGUCACACUGUCAAGUUGUGGGUAUUGUAGAUAGCGAGUUUUAGUUUUAUCUUUAUUACUUGAUGUAUGAUAAAGAUUUGUGGCAUUCUGUGACUUGUAUAUGUAGAUGCCCUUCACUGAUGUGAAAUAGUUAAUAAUAGUGUGAUGGAAAUAGUUUUUAGUUAAAACCAAAAAGAAGGUGUUGCUGUCAUAAUUUGUAGCAGGAUUUACAAUCAGUAGAAUAUCAGUGACUGGCUGAGCUAAGCCUACUGCCCACUACCCCACCCAAUCUGGGUCAUCUUCCAAUGGUUGCUCUUUAGAUAUAUGCUAAGCACUGCCGCCACCCCCCCCC